CCACCCUGCCAACUCGAAAGGAACCACCUCAUGUCGAAAUGACGCUCAAGGGUCAUAGAGAACGGGUGAGCGACGUGGCUUUCAUCCCUGGCACUCGUCUCCUCGUCACUUGCUCCUUCGACAAGAGUCUUCGGGUGUGGGAUUUUGACACGGGGAAACAAAUGGGGGAGCCCUUGUUGGGUCACGAUAACACAGUCUGGACGGUUGCAGCGUCCCCGAACGGGCGAUGGAUUGGGAGUGGAGAACGAAUGGAAGCAUCCUGAUCUGGGAAGUUGAGACAAGGAAGAGCGUGCCCCUCUCGUUCAAGGGACAUGUCAAUGCCGUUCAUAGCGUGAUAUUUGCACCAGACAGCGAGACAUUUGCAAGUGCUUCAAAUGACAAAACGGUAUGCAUAUGGAAGAGAGAGACGGGAGAAACAGUCCUUGGGCCAUUCAAAGUGGAUACGCCAGCCAACUCGGUGUCGUACUCCCCGGAUGGGAGAAAACUAGCAGCAGGCACUAACCGACACAUCAUCGUUUGGAAUACAGCAAAUGGAAAAGAGUUGCUGAAGAUAGAACAGCGGGCAUACAGAGUCGCAUUCACUCCAGAUGGUCUCCGUCUCGUCAGCGGAGACGACAAAGACAUCCGAAUUUCAGAUGCUAUCACCGGAGACAGAGUCAAACAGUUUGACGCACACACCGACACUUUAUUCUCACUAGCCAUUGCCCCCAGUGGUACAAAAUUCGCUACCACAUCAUUCGACAACACGACGCGGUUUUUUGACCUGACCACGUUCAAACCGAUCGGCGAACCACUCGGCCACCCUCAUUUCGUCUGGGGUGUAGCUUUUUCCGAGGACAGCCAGCUCAUCGCGACAGGCUGUUGGGACAAUCUCGUUCGGACAUGGAUGGUUCCUGAGAGCGAGUCAGAGAUGGAGUCCCAGCAGUCCGCACUGAAAGUUCUUCAGGUACGCUUUCACGCUCGUCAUUUUGUACCACCCCUAACUUCACUCCCGCAGAAGACCAUCCCGGAUCCAAAGCCUCGACGAGAACGCGCGGGACUCUCACGGGGGUUCUUUGAUGAUUUUGAUGCGCGGUCCACACCUCGACGCAACAACCACUCCGUUCCCACUGGGUCGCGCAUCAAGAAAAUCAUGAACCGUCUCUUGUUUCGCUCCCCUGCUCCUCAGGACCAUACUAAUCAUCCCCACAGGAUCCCCGUUGUAGAUGUCUUCGCAACACGAGGUAAAUAUCGCACCGUCAAUGCCACGAGCGGGAAAAGGCACUUGUUACAGCCACCGCGUCCUCCUUGCCGGAAAGCCCAGACUUCUAACGCUGGUGCCCCAAAGAGCAGCGCGCCACCAGCGGAGACGUAUAAUGUGAUCAGCGGAGCUACCUCAGCCGCCUUGCAGACCGGAGGUGCCGGUGCUUCUGCUGCUACUAACAGACCUCCUUCCCCGGUCGAUGUCGAACGUGGUACAGAGAUCAGCUGCCUGGCGCUCCUCGUCAGGUACUUCUUUCGCCUCUCACAAACUCGACAAACACAUCCUGCUGCUUCCCGCGCCAGCUAGGGUUUCAUGUCCAUUCCGAGACUGAUUUCCUGGAAAUCGUUUCGCUUUAACCGCGUACUAUCUCAUAUAUUCAGAGGUAGUAAAUUUUCGAUGUUGCACCAUUCUCCCAACACACCCUAAGACUAGUUUGCACCUCAUGAUUGACACGUCUUAAAUUUCUCCGCCCGUCUUGUUUUGGAGGUGGACCGUUCGUUCGCAACCUGCAGUAUACGGGGCAUACUCGGUCGUGCUUGU